CCCGCCCCCUCCUUCCCCUGGGGUCUUGUGGUGACGAGUUUUUUUGUUCCGCGAAGAAGCUGAGGGACGGUCCGGAGCUUCGAGUCGGCCGGAAGAUGUCUCGUCAGGCGAACCGAGGUACCGAGAGCAAGAAAAUGACAGAAAAGGCUCAUUCACCUAUCAAAAUUCCUAAGCCAAAGUACUGGUAUUUGCCAUUCAUUUCACCUUCUGCAUCUCUGCAUCUCAUGAACUCAGAGUUAUUCACUCUGACUUAUGGAGCUUUAGUUACACAACUGUGUAAAGAUUAUGAAAAUGAUGAAGAUGUUAAUAAGCAGUUGGAUAAAAUGGGUUACAACAUUGGAGUCAGACUGAUAGAAGAUUUUUUGGCUCGUUCUAAUGUUGGAAGAUGUCAUGAUUUUCGUGAAACUGCAGAUGUCAUUGCAAAGGUUGCUUUUAAAAUGUACCUGGGUAUAACUCCCAGUGUGACCAACUGGAGUGCAGCCGGGGAUGAAUUUUCAUUAAUUCUGGAAAAUAAUCCACUUGUUGACUUUGUGGAAUUGCCUGAUAAUCAUUCUGGUUUGAUCUAUUCUAAUCUUCUCUGCGGAGUUCUGAGAGGUGCAUUGGAAAUGGUUCAAAUGGCAAUCGAUGUGAAAUUUGUCCAGGACACACUCAAGGGUGACAAUGUAACAGAAAUCAGACUGAAAUUCAUUAAAAGAAUUGAAGAAAAUCUUCCCGCUGGAGAAGAAUAAUAUGUCAUAGUACUAUAUUAUUCUGUACAGUAAGAAGAUAUUCUGUCAUCACAGUAGAUUGUUGCAUUGUGAAGUUGUAUUAUUGGCAAACGUUUGACAUUUAAAGACCCUGAAUGGAAAACAAUUUAUUAGCCAUGGAUUUAACCUAGAGAGACUCGAAAGACUGAAUACGGCAAUGAAUUCCUGUGUUCGUGCUCUGCCACAUUCUUCCAGAUCAUAUCAAAUGUUGAAGUUUUUCAUUACUGUUCUAUAAUAUGUAUAUCUGUGGAUUAUAAAUCUUUGGGUCUUCAAAAGGUUGUCAUCUUUACUACUUCUUUUGACACACAGCCUAUGUGUUACUUCUGAAGAAUGCAAUGUUAAUGUUUCCAAGGUCACCACUGCUUUUGUUCCUCCCCAACCUGUCGUCCGUUCUGGUCAGGGCAUUUUGUUCAGAAUGAUUGAAGAACUGUCUCAUUAACAUGUAUCAUUGUUUCUGGUUGCUGACAUCAUGGAUUUGUGAAAUUUUAUGUUGGUAGCAAUGUGGAGCUGCAUGGGGAUUGAAGGAAAACACCUUUAAAAUGAUAAAUAGUGAUAAAUUUUGGGACAGUUUUCAGAUGCUGACUGAUCUGCGAAAGAGGAAACACCCUUAACAUAUGUUUUGAGUGAAGCUUCGUAGUGCUUUUUUUUGUGUUUUCAUUAUUUCUUGUAUUUGCAUUUUUUUCUUCUUGUUUGUUUGUGCUUAUUGAGGGUGCUAUGUAUCCUGCAUCAUGUUGUUGCGACUCUACUUAUAUAUUGCUUCACUGGGGAUUUAAUUUUGAAUGGACUCUAUUCCAGCAAAAACCCGUUUCUUCAUGUCCAAUUGGUUGUAUAUUCCAGAGAUGAUCCAGCUAAAAUAGAAAGGAAGUUCUAAUUUCUUCCAUUAACGUUCCAAUGUAAACAAUUGAAAUUCCACCCCAUAUACUUCCAAUAACAGACAAUAUAGCUGCCUGAAAUGAUUAUAACAGGUUGGUUUCAUCUUGUUUGAGGUAGAACAAUGGUAAAAAGAUGUACUUUUUUGAGAAACUGCAGCACUGAAAGCGUUUAUGUAAAUUCAUCCAAUUGAUACAACUUGGUGGCUCCAUUCAAAUUGUCCGGACAAAUACUGCGACCCAUAAAGUUACUUAUUUUGUGCUUGCCAUUGUCAAGGUUCUAGUAUGUACCGGAAACUUUUCAAUAGAAAACUGAAUAUGCUUUGUGCAUUCAGAUUUUAACGUUUCACCUAUCUAAAAUCUGAUUUUUUGUUUGUACUUUAUAUCAUUGGAGUCCCAAAAAUUAUGCAAUAAGAUGCUGAGGCUUUAUUUAGUCCAAUAAUAACUUAUUUGUAUUCAUUUUGUUAUUUAAAAUGUUUUUAGUUUGGUAUCUGAUGUAAAUUUCAGUCCAAGUUUGAAUGUGAUACUGACUAAUAUAUUUUGUUUCUAACUCUGAAUUCCAUUGUCUGACACUUACAUAUUUUCCAAAUCAUGAAAAGACUAUGUUUGUUUAUCAGUGAACAAUUAUAAGCCUGAAAAUGGUAGUGAACGAUGAAUGGAAAACCAGGUGACAUUUUUAAAAAGCCAACCCUUCAAGAUUUUCAAGAGAAGAAGUUAGUUAAAUUUGAUUCUUAUUCCAAGGAAAAGAUCCAGGUACCCAUAUCGGUUUUUUUUUCUCUCAAUAGCAUUUGGCUAUCUAAUUUUUACCUGAUAGGAGAAGGAAAAAAUUAAUUGAAAUGAUUUCUUUCAACACAUAAUACAAAUAUGUCACUUUCACUUAAUGUUAUGCUGCCUUGCUGCUAAGAGGUUUCCAGAUUGGUGGACGAAAUGAGGGACAGGUCUGGUAACAAAAGUAGCAUCGUGUUUCAGCUUGUAUGCAACUUGGAGAAUUUUCUAAACACUUAUGUACUUCCGAAGCUUUUUGAAUCUGUAUCUCAAAAUUUACUGUGAUUACCAUUUUCCUUCUGAACACUGAUAUUGAGCACUGGAUUUGGUGAGAAGCCUACUUUUAGGCAUUUUGCCUGUUUAUUUUAGGUUGUUCUGGAGUUACUUCAAAGCAAAGCCAGUCUGCUUUUGAGGUAUGAAAAGAAAACUGGUGAUUAAAUUCUGCAUAGGUAGAGAUGUGAAUCCUACUCCUGCCCCAACCCAUCGUGACCUAAUUCCAAAACAGGACUCUGAUUCAAUUUAGAAGCAGUAAAUGGGCAGCAUUGCAUUAUACAGGAGAUGUAACAUUUAAAAUGUGAAUUUCUUAUCUAAUAAAUAAAGCUGUAUUGUUUAUAAUA